UACUGGCUAACAUCUUGUUUUGCAGAGGACGACACAAACACAAUCAGUACCAAUAUUGGAUUUCUUAUUGAGCCAUCAGUAGACUACAAUGUACGAUUACUCGUUAUGGUGAACUCAAUGCCGGAUCGCUUCGAGGAGCGGCAAAUGAUCCGAACGUCAUGGGCUUUGCCGGACUUAUACGAUGAGCGAAACACCAAGGUGUUGUUUCUAAUCGGCAAACCGACCUCUCUAGAAAUCGAAGAAUUGCUGGCAAUCGAAGAAGGACGAUUUCAUGACAUCGUCGUAGCCGACAUACGGGAAGAUUACUACUCGCUAUCAUUGAAAACCUAUGCAAUGCUAUAUUUCAAGGUUCACAGAGUGCCAUCAGCAAAAUGCCUUGUGAAAGCCGACUCGGAUAACGUACUGCUCAUUAGAAACUAUGAACGCCUUUGCGAGGAAACAAGUACGGCUUUUUCUGAAUUACCUGAAAAGGUUUUGCUGCGAUGGCUACACUGUCACUGUCAUAUGCUCACUAUUUUCAUCAUUCGCAGAAACAGAGCCUCUGUCGUUAGAUACAAGCCUGCUCGUCGCGCAAUAUCUCCGAAGACUUCUAGUGGCGCGUCUUCAAUAGUGCACCAUGAUCUUCCCUCUUCUGAUCUUGUCUUCACUCUACUCUUCCUCGGAGGCGUACCAUAA